AUGUACUUUGCCGAACAUCUCCCUAGAGUAAAUACAAUAUCAAUAGUAGUAGAAUUGCCAUCAGGAUUCAUACCUUCUAAAAUACACCCAUUCCUGCCACAGUCACUCCAUCUCAUCCCAACUACUACCGAUCACCAACCAAUUGAAAUAAAACUCCCAAUAUCAAUCCCACAGAACAACGAGCUCAAAAUCUCAGGACUAAAACUCCAAAACCAAACCCUAUCAUUUUCAAUCCUUCUCCAAUCCACUACGGCCAUCACUCACACUAACAAUGAUCAGUCAGUCUCCGAAUUCAUGAAUCUUCAACAAUCCCAAAAAUGGUCCUGUAAAGACCUUCAAUCAAAAACACCAAACCCCACAAAUAAUUCACACCAAUUUGAAUUCAUUUGUUCCAAUUGUGAUGCCAUGAUUAUAGACUCAGCGAAGUAUUUGUUUAUGGAUAUGCCGAGUGAAUAUUGGUAUGAAUUGAUGGAUUUUUGGCAUUGUCAUAAACCUGACCAUGGCCAUACUGGAGAUGUCGUUAAAGAUUAUGAAGGGGUGCUUAAACCGAAUGAUGAUAGAAGCGUUAUUAUCGGGAAUUGUUAUUUUCUACAGUUGUGUAAUGAGAAGUUGGAGGUUGAAGGGGAUGAAGUGAGAUGUGAGAGGUGUAAGCAUAGGGUUGGGGAGAAGUAUGAAGGAGUUUUCAAGUUGUAUAAGUGGAGAUUGAAGUUGAAAUAUACCAAAGAUAUAGAAGUAGCGAUAGAGAAGUUUGAUUCGAAGUUGUUUAUAUAUAAUUCUAUAAUUGAUAAGAUCAAUUCAUUGGCUACUAGAAGGUUUAAAUUUAAGAUGAAUAACGACAAAUGGAAAUAUUUAUGGGUAAUGAACCUUGGGUUGGAUAUUUCAUUAGAUGAAAAUGUACAUAAUGAUGCACUAAAAGUGUUAAUUGCAGAUGACAUAGAUUCGCAGUCACAAGAUUCAUACGAAGUUAUGGAUAUACCGUAUCCUGAUAUCGCUCAAGAAUUAAUCAAUCAUCUAUUAGAAACAAAUUCUAAAUUGCCUAAAUCUAUAAAUAGUCUAUCUAUUGGAUCGAAUACCUUUUUAGUUAGUUAUUAUGUGUCGAACUGUUAA